AGAAGCAGCAGAACGCUCACGCUGCCAGUGAACGCGGAGUGGAGGUCAUGCUGUGUGAGUCCAACAUGUCUGUGGUGUACCCGACUCUCCUGCUCUGUGUGUACGGCUUCUUCUCGAACCUGCGGCCGUCGGAGCCUUUCCUCACCGCCUACCUGAUGGGACCAGACAAGAACCUGACGGAGACUCAGGUCGUCAACGAAAUCUAUCCAGCAUGGACGUAUUCCUACCUGGCGCUACUGUUUCCCAUCUUCCUGGCCACUGACUACCUCUGUUAUAAGCCUGUAUUGGUGCUGCAGGCCACCAGCCUAGUAGUUACCUAUGUUAUGCUGCUGAAGGUGAAGGGCAUACGGGCCAUGCAGCUGCUGGAGUUUUUCUUUGGUCUGGCAUCAGCGUCGGAUGUGGCCUACUACUCCUAUAUCUACAGCGUGGUGGAGCCGGCACACUACCAGAGAGUGACUGGUUACUGCCGCAGCAUCACUCUGUUUGGAUCAGCUGCCGGAUCUCUGAUCGGUCAGCUGCUGCUCUCUGUGGCCAAAGUUCAGCUGCUCCACCUUGUCAUCGUCACCCUGACGUCAGCUGCCGUGGCCUUCGUUGCUCCCUGGUUUUUACCUAUGCCCAAGAGGAGCUUGUUCUUCCACAAGAGUUCAGAAGCAGUGGAGGAGAGGUCACAGGGAAGCAACACAGCCCUGCUGAGGAAGGCUGAGGAUUUAGAGAGCAAAGUGCCUCUGAACACCCAGGACGCCUACACGAUACCCAGGUCCCCUGAGGCAGGAAAUCACAAAAGAGGUCUUGUGGAUGUGUUGCGGCUCUUGUUUGGGGACUUCCUGCACUGCUACAGGUGUCGCCCCCUGCUGGCGUGGUCGAUGUGGUGGGCUCUGGCCACCUGCGGCUACUUCCAGGUCAUCAACUAUGUUCAACCACUGUGGGAGAACGUUCGUCCAUCCCACGACUAUGAAAUCUACAAUGGCUACGUAGAGACACUGUCCACACUGCUGGGGGCCCUGGCAGCUUUGCUGGUGGGCUACCUGCCUGUGUGCUGGGCUCUGUGGGGGGAGCUGGUUCUAUGUGUCCUCUCCCUGCUGAUGGCUGUGUGUGUGUUUGUCAUGGACACACUGAGGAACAUCUGGCUGUGUUACAGCUCAUACAUCGUCUUCAGAGCCACCUACAUGCUGCUCAUCACUGUAGCAACAUAUCAGAUUGCAGCCAGUCUCAACAUGCAGCGCUACGCCUUGGUGUUUGGAGUGAACACCUUCGUGGCUCUGCUGCUGCAGACUCUGCUCACUAUAGUGGUGGUGGACUCAGCUGGACUGGGCCUUGAUGUCUUUACUCAGUUCCUUAUCUAUGGCUGCUACUUUGCAGUCAUUUCUAUGGUCUUCCUCCUUGCUGGGCUCUGCAAACUGGCCUCCAAGAGGCCCUCCAAGCAGGAGGUCCUGGCCGACAGCCCAGCAGAAACAGAGUCAGACUCUCCGCCGAUCAGCGACGCUGUCUCCAGCUGAUGGCACAUAACGAUAGAUAUUGAAUAGCUUCUCACAUACUAAAGCAGCAAAGGUGAGUGAGCUUUAGUAAUCUCUUCAGCCACAACAGUAGAGGCUAAAACUACACUUAGUAAAACCUAGUCAACCUCUGUGGCUGGCAAAUGAGGCCAACACAGAAGUAAUAAAAACUGCAGCUCCUGUCUAUUCUUAUUUAGUCUGAGUGAAAUGCUUCAAGCUGUAUUCAUCUGUAAGGUCAUUGCGUGGCAGAAUGGCAUCACAUAUGUCAGGGUUUCAUCUAAACUGGGUUGAAUGAAACUAUGGAUGCCCUCCGGAGCUGCUCUUUGCUGUUGGGGGGGCCAGAAUCAACACCGGCAGGUCCACAGUAAGGUCCAGUCCACCAGAGAACAAGCCGAAGAAGUGCUUGGUGCGCCCACCUGCCCUGGCGAUACCCAGAAAGGAGCUGCACAUACUGUACAUUUUUACACAAUCAAAACAAAAAACUUGAUUUAUCCUGUAUAGUUUUAAAACAUGGUUCUGGAAUGGAAAAAAAACACACACAAACGAUACCAGCUUUUUGAAACUGAUGCCUUAGACUUGAUUCGAAAGCUCAAUAAACACUAGGAAUGUUACUUUCGCACCACUACUAUAGUAGACCAGCCAAAUUGAUAUUUUUUUUUAAUAUUUAUUAUUUACUACUAAUUGAUUAAUUAAUCAUUGAUAAGUAUUAGUACUGAGAAGGAGUAUCGUAUCAGGCUUAUCAAUAUUUGUCUUUAAUUAACACAAUGCUGUUGAAGCUUGAAAUGUUACACUGUUCACCUGGAGCACAUGUUUAAUAUUGUUAGGCUGCUUAUAGCGCACAAAAUGUUAAUUACUGUUAAAUGUUCUGUUACUGGAUUUAGACAAAGUGCCUCAAAAAGUAAAAAAAAUAUCUGGAGUUUCUAACUUUAAAAAAAAAAAAAACUUAGGAUAGGAUACGUUUUUUAUUGUCAACAAAUCCAAUGAAAAGACCAAAACCAACAAUGUGUUUGUCCGUCUCUCAAUACUUUGUGACUUCCGUGCUCUGUCUGAGGCUCUCAGCCCAUUGAUUGUUUUGAAGAUGUGAUCCUAAAACAGCUGCUCACUGUAGUUUUUAAAGGCAGCAGGAAGUGCAUUUGUUGGGGACUAUUUCCAGAAGCGGAUUAAUCCACAUUUGGUGCUCUAUUUAGUAUUUGGGCAGCAGGACGGUGUAUGUGGGAUUGAGUCAAAAUAAAUUACAGUGUUGUGUGUUCAUGGUGAUGAAGGAUUUAAUAGUUUUUGGACAACAGUGGAACUCUAUGGCACAUCAGGCUUUGAUACACACACAGUGCUUGUUAGUAGAUACAUUCUCUGUUGGUUACGGCUCUGGACAUGAGAUUUGUUGACAAAAACAUAAAUGACACCAGACUUUAAUGUGCAAUAGUGAUGACCAAAGUGUGUGUGUGUGAGUGUGAGAAAGCACUUUGGAUAAAAUAACUACAUAAAUGCAGUGCAUUUCUUAUUUUUAUGUCUAUUUCUGUACUACUGGUACUGAUGUCGUCAUGUAUUCACAUAAAAAAAACGGUUAUGAAUGUCAUAAACCAAGAUUAUGUGUUGCUUAAUAUCAAUACAAACAACUGAUAACAGUGUUGGAUACGAUUCGUCUGCUGUGAAACACUUUGAUUUGCAGGCAAGAUAAAGGCCAGUGUCAGAGCACACACCCAGAGUUAGCAGAUGUAGAAUAGAAACAAUAUGGGCUUCAUGUUUAUGGUUAUAUGUGAAUAAAUUAUGUUGUUUGCGAAUGUGUUUUUCUAUCAACAAGCAAGCAGACAAACGAAAUGUGAACAAAUGUAGAAGUUUAAAUGGUGUUUUUUUUUUUUAGUGUCACUGUUGCCUCACAUCAAGAAGGUUCCUGUUCGUAUCCCGACUCGGACAGAGCCUUCAAAUGUGCAGUUUCCAUGUUCUCUACUAGUUUGCGUGGUUGGUCCACUGCUGUAGAUGGGGGCAGGAACAAAAUGUACUUUAGUAACCUAAAAAAGGCCCACCUAAAAAAAAAAAAAAAACUAUCUGCUUAUCUGCUGUAUUUUGAAUUUCGAAUAUUUUUACCGCCAUCACACAUCUCUUUCAGAUGGGAAACUGAAGCCAUUAUAUAUGCACCUAUGCUUUCUCCAAAGCAGUGAAAAUAUUCUAGAUGUAGCAUACACUUACACUAUACAGAUCUUUUCAGUGGCAAAAAUAUGUUAUGUUGAACAUCCUCAGUAGUACAUUGGUUAGCUUCCGUGCUGGGACUCUUGUCUGCUUCUACAAAGGGAUAUAGGAUAAGUAGGAUAAGUACCUCCAUACACAAAAAACCUGAACUAUCCCUUUAAAUGCCAGGUGAUCCAUGCACAGUUUGUCAGUAGUAUCUGUCAGUAAGUGCAACAAAUUUCACCAAUACUGUAAAACUUCAGUUGAUAGCCCGGGCUUUUAUUUCCUUCAAUCAACUCAGCCUAUAUUAGGCUUCUGUAUGGAACAAGCUUUUAAUUCCUUUUGCACAAAACUCUUGCUUAGCAAAGAUGUGAUAAUCAAAUUGUUUAUUUAUACUUUUUUCGUUUUUUAUAUCUAGAAAACUGAAUUUGAUCGGAAUAGCACUGAAUUAUUCAAGUGUUUUAUUUGUAAAGUUGUUGUAUGAAAGACACAUUUGUCAUUAAGACUAAUUUCUCUCUGUACAGAGUUGAUAGGUGAAUGGAUUUUAAACAUUUGGCCUUUGCUGUAUGUAAUGGUGCCUCUCCUCUUUUUCCUGUAUGUACUAAGUGUAUUCAUUAUUUACGUCAGUGGAGGCAGUCACCAGUUUACCAGAUGGUGGGCCGCCUCCUUUGACGUCUCACUUGAGUCAUAUUAUGUAUUGUACGAGAGUUAGUUUGUGUGAAAGUGUUCAUUCCAGAUUUCCGUUAAAUUCUUUGCACUGUUUGUAUACUCGGUCAUCCGUGAAAUCUUGUGUGUGGAGUACAAAACUGUAAAGGUGUGUUGUCAUGGUAUUAUAAACAAAUGGACUGAGUUGUGUGUUGGGCCUCCCCAAUAAACUUUAAAAUACACAUCCAAUACAUAACACACAAAAAAGUAUUUCUUUGUGACGGUUAUUGCAUAGAGACAGCAACUUUUUGUAGUCUUUUGUUUUAUAAGCAUACUAAUAAACAGAAGUAACUUUACUA